CCACAUGCCUCCUGUCAUCAUUUGUCAUUUACCUGAACUUCACCCAUAAUGGCAAACAAAAAUUUUUUCACCUUUGGUAAAUUUGUCAAGACGUAACACAAAAUGGCCAGAGCCACCUGCAGAUAAGACAAGAGGUGGCAGGUUUAUGGGUUGGGGGCUGGACACACAGUGGACAGGUAUGAUAAAGCUGAAAUAAGAACCAGUUUGUUGGACCACUGAAAAAAAUGGAGAGGAAUACCUGCGGAGCUUUGACAAUUGUUCUUCUGACUUUAUCACAAGGUUUUCUGUCCUCUGAUGCUGUGGAAGUUCAACCUUCCAUGAAUCCAGCAGUAGCUGGGAGCUCAGUGACAUUUUCGCUGUUUCCUCCUGUGACAUUGACAAGUGGAAACUGGGCAGUGAGAGAGACCUUCAUUCUCACCUGGCUCAGUGAACAGCAGGCUGUUUUUCCAGGUUACACUGGCAGGGCUUCUGUUAACGUCACCACCGGAGCUCUUACGCUGAGCUGUCUCACUGUGACUGACUCAGGGGUCUACAAGGUGCACAGCGGCGACUCCCUGCUGAGCGCCAAUGUUUCUCUCACUGUUGUAGAACCCAUUUCCAAUGUGACCCUCAAUGUAAAUCAAAGUUAUCUGAUAGAGCUUCAAACCUCGGGGCUUAUCAAGUGCUCCGUCUCCACUGGAUCUUCUCUUUUCUUCCUCUGGAUGAACGGCAGCUCUGAGGUUACAGCCGGUGACAGAGUUCAGUUCACUGAUGGAAACUCCACUCUUAAUAUUGUCAGUGUGAGCCGCUAUGAUUCUGGGCCUUUCAGAUGUGAUGUAUCUAAUCCUAUCAGUAAUGGGACCAGUGAUUCAGUAAAUUUCACCAUAAGCUAUGGACCGGAUAACAUGGGUCUCACAGUGAAUGGACUGAACACAACUUCCUUCACUGCUGGGUCCAAUCUGAGCAUGCUCUGUUUUACAGAGUCAAACCCUCCUGCUCAUUUUCAGUGGACCUUCAGGGGAAAUAUUGUGAAUGUAACAGGAACAAUGUUGGAGCUUUUCAAUGUCAGAGAGGACCAAAGUGGUCCAUAUUCCUGCUUGGCCUUCAACAACCUCACCAACCUGCACAGCAAUGUAACAACACAUAUCACAAUAUCAAAGUCUGAACAACUGGAGGUUAAUGUGUUUCUUCUUCCUCUGUUGUUAAUGGCUGGGUUCUUUCAGAUCAAUCUGGCUCUCUCAGUCCCUAGAUUACUUUAAAGCUUUAAGAAAACCUGAACCGUCUUCCUUCGUUUGUCAUGUGGGGAAUUUGUUUAUACAGAUUUGAAGGAAUGUGACACAUUUUUACAAGAAAAUGGAAGAAUCUUAAUUUAAUUAUUUGGCAAAAUGUAAAUAAAACCAAGUGGCAUAUCCCUCUAGUUUGCAGGCAUCACUGAUAUUGAUUUAUAAUUCAGAUUAGUAAUAAUUUGAUUUUGCAAAAGCUGUUGCAAAUUCUCAUGACUUUCAGGGACUUUUCAGUGUGUUAGGUUUCAGUUUUCUAUGUUUUUAAGUCACCAAAACCAUCUUGAAAACUGAAAAAUAACACAAAAGAAAUAGCUCAGAGGCAUUAUAUACACUUUUUAGAAUGACUUGUUAAGUGUCUUUUCUUUGAUUCAGAUAUUUCUAAUCCAGCUCUAAACCUCCCCAGUUCAGUUUAACAUUCUGGGAAUGAAGUAUGUGGUAGUAAAAAAUGUUGAAUAAACCAAAACAAAUUAUAUAAAUUGAGGCCAAAAACAGGCAUGCCAGUUUAUUUUCUGUUGUCAACCUGAGCUUCUACCUGUCGAAAUAUAAGCUCAUAAAUAAAACUUUUUUCAUUCACA